AUGUACACAUGUACAGUACAGAGUACCUACACAGAACAUAAACAUCCCGCUUCCGCAGAGGAGCACGAAAACACCAGGUCCCGCGAAAACGAGAAUCCAUCCAUCCCAAUCACUAAUCAACCAGCCCAAGUUACCCCUCCAUACAUACAUCCAUUCAUGCAUAUACCCCUCACUCAUCCCGCACGCAUCCCGCACCCGUCAUAGCCUUGCUUUGCUGACUGUGCAUCUUCUUCUUCCACGUACAUACAUGAAAGGGAACGAAUAUGCAUGCAUGCAUCCAUCCAUCCAUGCACAUCUGCAAUGUCUUGUCCCUCUGUCUGUCUGCAUCCAUGCAUCCGACGAACCAAACCAGGACCCGAGAGAGAGAAUCUUUUCCCUUGUACGGAAAGGAAAUCAAACACAUGACCU